AUGACCGAUCAUGGACUGGAUGACAAGGAAGGACAAGAUUUGGACGCCUUUUCUUCGGACGAAGAGACACAUGAACUAGACAAUGCAAUGGUAAAUGAACUUCUUCUUGUAUGUUCCAAUCUAGGUAUGCUUCGUGUACAGAAUGAAAAGGAAGUACCGGUUUUCAUGCGUGGAGAAGAUUGUGAACAAUGGGUGCAUGAUUUACAACGGGCUUUACGUCGUGAUCAGGCAAAAACUCGCUUAAUUACGAAACAAUUGGGCAAAUGGAAAAUUUUACAAAAAAAAUUACUUCCACUUCUUGUGAAUCAUCAACAUGAUUGGCCAUUGGUGUUUUCCAUAUUAAAAGUACUCGUCAUGUUGACCACAAAACCUUCAAGUGAUUCAAUCAACAUUUCCCAACAACUUUUGUAUCUGAGACAAUACAAAUAUGAAUUUCUACGGUGUCAAGUGAUUUCCAUUAUGAUGACAAUUCUCGUCGACCCGUUGUCGAAACAAGGUUCAGCUCGAACGGAACAAGAUUAUCUUUAUAUGGAAAUUGUUCUCAUGUUAGUGAGAAAUUUACUGGCCAUUCCAAAUGAAGAUCCACGUUUUGUCACAUCUACAACGUCGCAUUUUAGUCACUUGCAAGAAGAUUUAAUUGCCAUGUUACAUGCAGAAAAUGUGUACGAGAUGAUCUUGCUUUUUGCUCAAGAUAUUGAUUCCCCAGAAAAUCGAGAAUGGAAUCUACUUGUAAUGGAGAUGCUGGAUCUUACAUUCGACUGCUCGCAGCCAAAGUCCGUCGUAGCUUAUGCAAAGAAACAGUUGACAGGUGAGAAUUGGCAGAGUUCUGGGAAACAGGUUAAUACAGUGAAAAGGCCGUCUCGCGGCCUCGCCCCAGCAACUCGAUCUGGAGGUGGAAAUUUGCUGGCAAAGCUAAGCAGCGAAAAAUAUGCGACGGCCUUGCACCAGUCAGGAUCUCGCCGCCAUUCUAACUUUGGUGGCGUCCUAACUAUGGUCGGACCGACUGGACGAACUACAGUGCUGUCUGACUUUUCCAAGACAGUAUACGACCAGGUUCCACAAGCAGCCAAGAAACCAACCUCUAGGAGAAGAGGAAAGAAGAGUGCAGCUCCGGUUACCGACAUCCACGAAAUCUUUGGCGGAAAGGGAAGAGUGACGGAAUCUGACGAACGUACGAUGCGGGUUCUCCAAGAUAUUUGCGACUCUGUCAUUGCAAAGUCUUACUUUCAGCUCACGAACUCUUUAAAGACUGAAUUCCGCCGAGGAAGUACCAAGCUAAUCGCGACCGAUCGACUCCAGUACUUUCAUCUCGUUUGGUUUCUCACUAAAUAUCACCGUUUAAAAGUUCAGGCACUGAAGUCGCACUACAAGCAUCAGCUGAAAGCAGUUCAGAAGAAAACGACUGAUCUACAAAAUGCCUUGGACUUUACGACGCCUCCACCUUUGGCUUUUGAGAAGCCAGACUACAAUGAAAAAGCGGUGCUUUCUACGUUGGAUAUGUUCUCCUUCAACUUUGUGUUGCAGUCAAUCGAAAAUUACGCCACAAUGAAGAACUACCACGGUAUGACUGUUUCUGUCCAGCUACUGACCGAGAUGAUGGCGUAUCUUGCUGAGCUUUCUGCAAGCGAUGACUCCCGCUUCCAGCGUAUUGCUGAUUCGUUGCAACACAAGAUUUUCUAUGAGCGUGAUUUCCUGGAUCGCUUGCCGAUACUGUUGAAGACGUGGUCUCCAGGUCUCUUCACCAAGUCAUACGUGAUCGACGUUGUUACUUUGACUCAUCUUGUUUUCAAGGUGCUUGACUCGCAAGGAACUAUCAAGGUGCUCUCACGAAGGAAAGCGUACCUUGACAAGAAGCGCCAGAAGAAAAAUCGGGGUGACGGGGAGUCGAAAGAUGAUGUCAACUCAGGCGGCAGCUCGACAGAUGAGGAUGAAACAGAAAGACAAGCACAGCUCCUGAUGGAAAUGCAGCGUAAGGAGGCUGACUUUGAUGUCCGAAAAUACUUUUCCAGCAUGGUUUCAGCAGACACGAUUCGGAUGUACUGCUCGCUACUCACAGACUACCGUGAGAACAGUGCAAAAGUGAACCAUUACAUUCACUCGUUUUUCUACCGGACAAACCAUUUCAAGAUCUAUCCGCAAGAGGAAUGGACGAUGCAACCAAUGUUGUUCAACAUACAUGUCCUCCUGCUGUUCAACAAAAUGCUUCAAGAUAUGUAUAUACAGCGACUUCCCGAGUACAAAAACUUUUUGGACUUCAUUCGUGGCGUUGUUCGCGAUUUUUUCACGCUUGCAGACAAAAACAAUUUGCUGUUUAUUGAAGCUCUUUUGCGCCAAACUUACCCUUCAAGAUCGUGCAUGCUUAUUCAACGAAGUUACGAUCCGAUCGGCUCUAUGAGCAAGUCGAAAUCGGAGGCAGUUGCACUGGGCCGAGAUAGGCGAAUCGAAGCAAUUAAUGAGACUAGACGACAUCGAAUUGCCCUGGAUCAUGAAGAGCUUGAGGGCGAGGCUGAGUUUCAAUUUACGUUGGGACCAUUGGAUUUUGAGUCUACCUCACUUGUGGAUAAAGAGGGUAAAGAAGACGAGGGCGAGGCUGAGUUUAACAAUGCAGUGGAUCCGUCAUCGAAUCCGUCAAGAUCUGCUGCUGCAGCAGAAUCAGAGCCGAAAAGGAUGCAACCAAUGUCCCGUGCGGCGACGGAGCGUGCUAAGAACUGGAGUAAGGUUGAAGAUCGCUACCUUGCCAAGGUGUUUAUGAGAUUUCGCCACCUGCCGUCUGUGUAUGAGGUCAUUUCGUAUGAGGACAUGUUUCAGGAGCGUGAUCGAACACCAGAGCAGAUUGAGCGUCGUGUCAAGUAUCUGAAGCUUCACCGAGAGACCCAUGAUUCGUCUGAUGAGGGUAGAAGAGAGCAAAGUAAAUUGGAUGAUGAACAAAAUGAAGUGCAGGGAGAGUAUAGACAAACUGUGAGAGAAUCCAGAUUAGAGAAGGAUCUUGCUGCUUUCGACACCGUCCGGCCCAGGCGACGUCUUCGCCGCGGAGUAGAUUUUAUCGACGAUGAUAGCGAUGAUGACAUGCUGUUAGAAGGUUCAACGAGUAUUACGGCGGAACCUUUGCACUCAAGCAAUGCUACUACUACAAGUGAAGCAGCUGUUGGUGUUUCUGAUGCUGUCUACGACGAGGAGAUGAACGACGCACAUUCAGCUGGAGAUUUAUCAAACGAAGUCUCUUCAACGAAAGUGAAUGAUGUCCUUGAUAAAAGCUACUCUCAAGACAUGGAGGCUACUCAAGUGCUACAAGAUAUACAACAUUCAUGUCUUGAGCAUCACAUUGAGCAGCCCACAAAAGCACAGCCGGAUGGCACCGAGAUGACUCCUAUCCACAUUGUUGCAAAGGUUGCUACACCUGACAGUGCGGAUGCGGGGAGUGGUGAUGGACCCGAGACAGUCAUCGCUGAAAUGGAAGUUGCUACCAUAACUGAUAGCCGCGACGACGUGGCCGCAGAUGAUGCCGCUGACGCGCAGCCUCAUAAGCGAGUCCGCGCUGCUGAAGACGACAUUGACAUACCCGCGAAGAAGAUUCAUCGUAAAGAAGUUGAGGUGGUGCCCGACGCAGAUGCAUUUUCAAACCAGUAA